CUCCACAGGAUAUAAGUUUCAUUCUCAUAUAAGCUGAGUGGUAUUAAUGUAUCUAAAACAUUCCCACAGCUUCGAUUCGGCAUCUUUACUCCCGAAUUCAUGUUCGACGUAGCCGUCGACGGUAUUCUCAACGCCAGCUGCGUCCUCGGUUCUUUCACCACCGUCACCUUCGGCUUUGGCGAUGGAAACCUAGGUAGCAACUGCAACAACGCCUAUUCGUCUGUCGGCCACGUCUUUCGUGCCCGCGUAACGGCUUAUACGGCCCUAAUAUGUACAUGGAUCUUGCUGCUCUUCUCCUGAGAGCUGAUCGACUUCCUCCGCUCUUUUUUCGACAUGCACAAGGGAGUCAAGGCCUGGGCGGCACAUCUAUUGGGGAGCAUGUUCCUCUGCUUUACCAUUACGAUUGUCUUCUUCGUGGUGUUCCCGAGGUUGUACAGUAGUAUAUCCCCCCCGGUUGGAUAUGGUGGUAUUUAUGCAUGAUGGGAUUGACUGGGAGUGGGGAGUGGUGUUAGAUGCUGUCCCCAUGUUUGCAGUCGGGGCUAAAGCCUAGAAUUGAA